AUGCUACUGCUGACUGAGCUCCUGGUUUCUCUCUUUCUCUGGAGCAUCCCCCAGGCCAGAGGAAGAUCAACCAAUGGCCACGAGAUCAGCAAGGGGGUGGAAUGGUUGACCCGCUAUGGCUAUCUCCCUCCGCCAGACCCCAUGGCUGCCCGUCUCCAAACACAAGAAGAACUGGCAAAUGCAAUCAGAACAAUGCAAAGAUUUGCUGGAGUUCCUAUGACUGGAAAGCUGGACCCACAGACGCUGGAGAUGAUGAACCGGCCCCGUUGCUCCCUCCCGGACAUUAUUGGUACUUCUGAGUUGAUGCGUCGCCGGCGCAGGAGGAGACGUUAUGCUCUCAGCGACACCAUCUGGAACAAGAAGGACUUAACAUGGCAUGUCCGUUCCUUCCCCCUCUCCUCCAAUCUGCCGCACGAUCACAUCCGGAACCUUCUUUUCUAUGCCUUGCGGGCCUGGAGCAACAGCUCAGCCUUGACCUUCCGUGAAGUGCACUCCGGAGAUGCUGACAUCCUCGUGGAUUUCAGCCGUUCCUACCAUGAAGACGGAUACCCCUUUGAUGGGCCCGGAGGCACCCUGGCCCACGCCUUUUUCCCCGGUGAACACCCAAUUGCUGGCGAUACCCAUUUUGAUGACGAAGAGACAUGGAUCUACGACCCGGAGAACACAGCACCAGAUCGUGGCACUGAUCUCUUUGCUGUUGCAGUGCAUGAGUUUGGUCACGCCCUGGGGCUGGCUCACUCUUCGGCCAAGGAGUCCAUCAUGAUCCCCUACUACCAAGGCCCCGUUGGACUACCCCACCAGUAUCGGCUUCCUCUAGAUGACACCAUGGGGAUUGAACAAAUCUAUGGUAAGCGCCAACCUGGUUCCCGUCCAGGCGACGACAGCCCGGCGUUACCGGUCCCUACAGCGCCCCCCAUCCCUGAUCUACCACCGUAUCAGCCUACACAACACCCACGCUCACGAUCCCCUGACCGUUGCAAGGCCCAUUUUGAUGCCAUCGCCAAUAUCCGUGGGGAAAUGUUCUUCUUUAAGCAAAAACAUUUCUGGAGGAUGCAGCCCAGCCGCAACCUGGUUUCUCUGGAGCCGGCGCAGACGCUACGGUUCUGGAACGGCCUACCCCACGAUCUCAAGGCCAUCGACGCGGUGUAUGAACGCAUGAACGACAGCCAAAUUGUAUUCUUUAUCGGAUCAUACUACUGGGUCUUCCAUGAGACUCGGGUCAAUCCGGGCUACCCCCGUCCUAUAUCCGAUCUUGGCCUUCCUGCCAACACCGUUGUGGGUGCUGCAUUUGUGUGGCCUCACAAUGGCAAGACAUACCUCUUAGAAAAGAAUCGGUACUGGCGCUAUGAUGAUCAGCUGGGACGCGUGGAACCGGGGUACCCCAAGCCUGUCAAUCUUUGGGAAGGGGUACCCAUGGAUCUGGAUGAUGUCACUCGCUGGAAUGACGGCAACACGUAUUUCUUCAAGGGGGCCCAAUACUGGGGGUUUUCUGGAGGCAACGUGCAGUCAGACACCGGCUACCCCCGCUCCACCUCCCGAGACUGGAUGUAUUGCCAGGGCCCCCCCACUUCCUCUCCACCAGCCCCCAGGCACGGAACGGGCGGAGAAAAGGGGAUGUGCAUCUGUCACGGGUCUGCAGUGAAGCUGGCGCCCCUCUCGGCCUGGAUCCUGGCUCUGAUCUGGGCCCUGUGUUGA